CACUCCCCCCGUUGACCCCUUUGAAUCCUCGAGCUUCCGUGGAGUCGAACUCGCCAUUACUCUCGAUCUGUCGUGACUGUCGCAACCGUGUUUAUCAUUUGUGUUCAUAUACCCUCUAGAAUCAUAAAGCGAAGAUGGCGACAGGACCUGCGACUCAAUCCCUGAAGUGUGUGGUAACAGGUGACGGUGCUGUUGGAAAAACAUGUCUCCUGAUUUCGUACACAACCAACGCCUUCCCCGGUGAAUAUAUACCCACCGUAUUCGACAACUAUACUGCCAGUGUAAUGGUAGAUGGCAGACCGAUCAGCUUAGGACUUUGGGAUACUGCUGGACAGGAAGAUUACGAUCGUCUUCGCCCGUUGUCCUACCCGCAAACCGAUGUAUUCCUGAUCUGUUUCUCCAUUGUUAGCCCUCCCUCGUUUGAUAACGUGAGAGCCAAGUGGUUCCCCGAAAUCGAACAUCAUGCUCCCAACGUACCCAUCAUUCUCGUCGGUACCAAGCUCGAUCUGAGGGACGAUCGGGCCACUCUAGAAACUUUGCGCCAGAGGAAGAUGGAGCCCGUCUCCUACGAACAGGCUCUGGCCGUGGCCAAGGAAAUCCGAGCACACAAGUACCUGGAGUGCUCCGCUCUCACACAGCGUAACCUGAAAAGUGUAUUCGACGAGGCCAUUCGUGCUGUCCUCAACCCCCGGCCUACGGCGAAACCGAAGAACAAGAAAUGUGUCAUUCUGUAGAUCGUCUCCCCCUCACUGCAUCUUCCGACCUAUAAUAUAAAUAACUAAUUCGGCGUCUGGGUUUUGGCUGUAACGCCCCGCAUUUUGCUGGUUUUGGCUGGUUGUCCU